UCAAAAUAAAACCCUAAAACUUCAUAAUCUCUCACAUUUCACUCCAAAUUUCAAUCACACCGCUAAAAAUCAUGUCAUCGUCGUCUUCGUCUGUGAGUGAGCUUAAAGAACGUCACAUAGCUGCAACACAAACUGUUAAUUCACUCCGUGAGCGGUUAAAACAAAAACGCCUUCAACUUCUUGAUACUGACAUUGCUGGAUAUGCGAAAUCGCAAGGGAGGACACCGGUCGUAUUCGGUCCGACUGAUUUGGUCUGCUGCAGGACUUUACAAGGACACACUGGCAAAGUGUAUUCAAUGGAUUGGACUCCUGAAAAGAAUCGGAUUGUCAGUGCAUCACCAGAUGGAAGAUUAAUCGUUUGGAACGCUCUGACAAGUCAGAAAACCCAUGCCAUUAAGCUACCAUGUGCAUGGGUAAUGACAUGUGCUUUCUCUCCAAGUGGGCAGUCCGUUGCAUGUGGAGGACUUGAUAGUGCAUGCUCAAUCUUUAAUCUUAGUUCUCCAACUGAAAAAGAUGGGAAUAUACCAGUGUCACGAACGCUUAGUGGACACAAGGGUUACGUAUCGUCUUGUCAGUAUGUUCCCGAUGAAGAUAAUCAUUUGAUAACAAGCUCUGGUGAUCAGACUUGUGUCUUGUGGGAUAUAACUACGGGACUCAGAACUUCGGUGUUUGGAGGAGAGUUUCAAUCUGGACACACUGCUGAUGUUUUGAGUGUUUCAAUCUGUGCUUCAAACUCAAGAAUGUUUGUAUCUGGGUCUUGUGAUGCAACUGCACGUCUUUGGGACACUCGUGUUGCAAGUAGAGCUGUAAGGACAUUCCAUGGUCAUGAGGGGGAUGUUAAUUCUGUAAAGUUCUUCCCAGAUGGAAAUAGAUUUGGAACGGGAUCAGAUGAUGGAACUUGCAGACUAUAUGAUAUUCGAACUGGACACCAGUUACAAGUUUACCCCCAACAGCAGCAGCAGGGUGGUGCUGAUGUCCCUCUUGUGACUUCUAUUGCAUUUUCUGUAUCAGGACGACUUCUCUUUGCUGGUUAUUCCAAUGGUGAUUGCUUUGUAUGGGAUACUUUAUUGGCAAAGGUGGUUUUGAACUUGGGAUCUCUUCAAAACUCGCAUGAGGCUCGUGUUAGCUGUUUGGGUUUGUCGGCAGAUGGUAGUGCACUCUGCACAGGAAGUUGGGAUACAAAUCUCAAGAUUUGGGCUUUUGGAGGGCACAGAAGAGUGAUUUAAAUGUCAAAAUGUAAUGAUGUUGGUGUUUGUUGUGUAACCUCUGUAGAUCUAUAACAUUAACAGUUUGAGUACUAGUACAGAGUAGUAGAUAGAGUAUUAAUCUAAUUUCGCUAAUGCGUUAGAAACUUAUUUAUUUAUUUAUUUAUUUAUUUAUUUUGCUAAUGCGUCAGAAACUUAUCUAUUAAUGCAUUUAAACUUGUACUAUGUGUUUCCACCAA